CAGAUGCGGACAGUAACCAACCUCUCAGAAACAUGAACCCCGACUGGAGUGAACAAGACUGCCGCAGGAACGGGAUCCAGGGAUUAUUCAUCAGAGUUAAAGAUAAUACAGAGAGGCAGACUUUCACUGGAGCAGAUGAGGGGCCAAGGGUAGAAGCUGUUUACACACGAGAGGGGAUCUUUCAUCAUGAACAGAGUGCAAGUUUAAUGCAGGUUACAGAGCAGAUGUCUUUGCAAGGUAAAGAAGCCCCAAGGUUUGAGUCUGUCCACAUUAAAGAGGAGGCCGCUGAGCUGCAGCCUGUCUGCAUUAAAAAGGAGGCACCUGAACAGGGGUCCAUUUUCAUCACAGGGGACAUUUCUAAAGAAAGUAAAGUCAAUAUACUGGACGAGAAUAUAGUUAACCUGGGCUCUAAGCAUUGUGUUUAUUGUCCACCUGAAUUGGUCCACGUGAAAAACAAUCAGUCUGUCUCUGAAGACACUUGUUCUAGUGUUGGAGGAGAGGGCACUGUGCUGGGGUCCAUUCAGAGAAAACAUCACACCCCUCAGGAAAGAGCUGCAGGUGGAAAGGAGGAAGGAGCAGCGCCGUCCACUAGCAGCACAGCAUCAGAUACAGGAAGACACAACUCCACUGCAGCACCCCAGGGAAAAAUCUCUUCUGAUGGCAAAAUGCAGCGUAAGAAACACAGAGAGUCGUCACCCCAAGAUGAAUAUGUGAAGAAACUAGGAACUUGCUCAGUUCAAAGUUCUGUACAAGAUAGCAGACCACUUGCUCUGGGUUAUAUAGUGACUCCACAUCCUGAGGGUGUUUACAGUUCUGCAACCCAGGGCAACUUCAUUCCCCUACAAACUCCUCAGCAGAUUCCUUCAGAGCAGAUCUUGUAUCACUGUACUGAAUGUGGCUCCAACUUCAGUGACCUGGGAAACCUGAAAGCACACCAACAGAUUCACAAAGAACAGACACCCCAUCACUGUACUGAAUGUGGAAAAAGCUUCAGAUGGGUAGGUGGGCUUAUAACCCACCAGCGUAUUCACACAGGAGAGAAGCCCUAUCUGUGUACUGAGUGUGGGAAGAGAUUUAUUCAGAAAUGUAACCUUCAGUCACACCAGCUAAUUCACACAGGAGAGAAACCGUUUCACUGCGCUGACUGCGGGAAGAGAUUCAGAGGUUCAAAAGACUUAAAACUACACCAGCGAAUUCACACUGGAGAGAAACCAUACCUGUGUCCUCAAUGUGGGAAGAGUUUCAGUUGGAGAAGCAACCUUAGAAUACACCUCAGAAUCCACACGGGAGAGAAGCCCUUUGAGUGUACUGACUGCGGGAAGAGAUUUGUAGAGUCAAAUAAACUGAAGAGACACCGUCGAGUUCACAGAGAUUUAAUCAGUCUCAGAAACAUGAACCCCGACUGGAGUGAACAAGAUAAUACAGAGAGGCAGACUUUCACUGAAGCAGAUGAGGGGCCAAGGGUAGAAGCUGUUUACACACGAGAGGGGAUCUUUCAUCAUGAUCAGAGUGCAAGUGUAAUGCAGGUUACAGAGCAGAUGUCUUUGCAAGGUAAAGAAGCCCCAAGGUUUGAGUCUGUCCACAUUAAAGAGGAGGCCGCUGAGCUGCAGCCUGUCUGCAUUAAAAAGGAGGCACCUGAACAGGGGUCCAUUUUCAUCACAGGGGACAUUUCUAAAGAAAGUAAAGUCAAUAUACUGGACGAGAAUAUAGUUAACCUGGGCUCUAAGCAUUGUGUUUAUUGUCCACCUGAACUGAUCCAUGUGAAACCCAGUCAGCAUGUCUCUGAAGACACUUGUUCUAGUGUUGGAGAAGAGGGCACUGUGCUGGGGUCCAUUCAGAGGAAACAUCUCACCCCUCAGGAAAGAGCUGCAGGUGGAAAGGAGGAAGGAGCAAUGCCAUGCACUAGCAGCGCAGCGUAUAUAGGAAGACACAACUCCACUGCAGCACCCCAGGGAAAAAUCUCUUCUGAUGGCAAAAUGCAGCAUAAGAAACACAGAGAGUUGUCACCCCAAGAUGAAUAUGUGAAGAAACUAGGAACUUGCUCAGUUCAAAAUCUUUCUGUACAAGAUAGCAGACCAUUUACUCUGGGUUAUAUAGUGACUCCACAUCCUGAAGCUUUUAACAAUUCUGCAACCCAGGACAACUUCAUUCCCCUACAAACUCCCCAGCAGAUUCCUUCCGAGCAGAUCUUGUAUCACUGUACUGAGUGUGGCACCAAUUUCGGUGACCUGGGAAACCUGAAAGCACACCAACAGAUUCACAAUGAACAGACACCCCAUCACUGUACUGAAUGUGGAAAAAGCUUCAGAUGGGUAGGUGGGCUUAUAACCCACCAGCGUAUUCACACAGGAGAGAAGCCCUAUCUGUGUACUGAGUGUGGGAAGAGUUUUAUUCAGAAGUGUAACCUUCAGUCACACCAGCGAAUUCACACGGGCGAGAAACCGUUUCACUGCUCUGAUUGUGGGAAGAGUUUCAGUUGGAGAAGCAACCUUAGAAUACACCUCAGAAUCCACACGGGAGAGAAGCCUUUUGAGUGUACUGAGUGUGGGAAGAGAUUUGUAGACUCAAAUAAACUGAAGAGACACCGUCGAGUUCACAGAGAUUUAAUCAGUUAGGACACUUAAAAAAACAAUGCAGUUUACAGAAUGAAAGCACCUCACUCACACCAGAAUACCAACACAGACCCAUAUGAAUCUGUCUGUUUCAAUUGCAGAUAACUGUUAAAAUAAAUUAAUUAAAA